AGUUUUAGUUACCAUAUAGUUUGAAGCGGUUUAUUGAAGUGUUUGCUGUAUGUGCAUGGGGACCGUCGCACCAUUCGAAAGCUCUGUUGUCAUGCAGGUCGGGAGAUGAGUCCCGGCGUGGUGAAGCAGUCCUCCACCAGCUCGUGCUGCAGCGCGCUCUCGUGGACGGGGUCCGAGUCCUCGCACCACUCGCAACCGGGCCCGGCGGGCACGCCGACGCACUCGCUGCCCUACCUGCCGCCGCCCUCCUACGAGAAGGCCCUCCAGGAGUCCCACGAGGCGGCGCUGCGCGCGCAGCAGCAGGAGCAGGAGGAGGGCGAGGGCGAGGAGAUGGCCGCCCUGCAGCGCCAGCACCGCCUCGAGGACCGCGAGGACGGCUACGAGACCCUGGCGCUGCAGCCGCAGCGGGCGCACCGGGCGCGCCUGCAGCGCGACGCGUCCUCGUCGUCCUCGCAGGACAACAACAGCGUCGACAUCGUGGACGUGCCUGUCCAGGGGCCCAUCAUCCUGCACAAGAGCAGCAAGGCGCUGUACCGCGCCGUGGCCGCGCAAUGGGGCAUCACCUGCAAGAUGAACGACCACUGCCGCUGCCUCGACUGCCAGAGUCGCUACUUCGACUGUGACUACGACAUGAACGAGGAAGGCAAGACAGACGGGGGCCUAGGCGCCACCUCCCCCAUCUUCCUGCAAGAAGUGAUGCACGGGACGGCCUGCAGCAUCCUCUGAGCUGGAUGCCCUGUCAAGGCGUAUUUUCUUGCUGACGAGGUUAACCCUCUCAUUCGCACCGGCCCCGACAACACGCGGGGGAACUGGAGUGGAUCGGUAAAGUUUGUUUGUCUCCACCAUACGACGAAAAUGAAUCGGUUAAUUGUAUACUUGAUAAUUUUAUUGUUACGAUUACCCUAAACUGUAUACCAUUACUACAAAGGGCAUGAAGCGCACUGUGUUGACUGAUCGUUAUGAUGGGCCUCUUUUUAGGGUGACUCUACAAUCUAUCUAAUUUAGUUAUUUUUGGUUGUCUAAUCGCCGCAAUCGUUCCCAUUUCUUGACAAACGAGCGCGGGCGGUGCUGUUUCCGGAGAGACGCCCGCUCGACCCUCGUGCUAGAACGUAAAGUUUGUUUUUCUUUUCUUAGACGUCUCUUGUAUAAGUUGGAGGUGUUAUUCGGAGACAGUCUAGCUUUACGUAGACUGCGUAGAACCUAAUUAACUAUUUUGGUUUCGUCGGUGUUAGUAAGGCCAGAGAAAAAAAGUUAUCCCUAUGCUAUUGUUUGAAUGACUAAACGCCUACCGUGCCCCUGACAGCUGAGGCAACUACGUUAGCUCCCCGACCCGUAAGGCGGAAAUUCAACUAUGCCCACGUCCACUCUAUAGAUUUUUGAAAGAAAACAAACGCAGCAUGUCUUAAACAUGCUACCUAGUCUGAUAACAACAAUUGUGUUGUCGUAGUCAUGAAAAAAUGACAGUGGGAAAGAAGAAAUAUUAAGUAUUGUUCUGAUGGGUGUAUGUAUAUGGAGUAAUGAAAUUCCACAACGAGGGUCUUUAUUAAAGCUUAGCAGAAUGGAAACGUAGCCGAUAGGUUGUUGUCAGUUACUUUCUUCUUGUAAAGCGUUGGGUAGCAGACAAGGCAGGUCUCUCGUGGUGUACUAGCACAGUAAAGCGGUGAGGCUGGACCUUCCGCUAAAACCAGCUGGUCUGGAAUCAUAACAUUUUCGUAUGUAUGUUAUCUCGAUUUUACAUAGCACUCAUAUAUAUAAUAAGAAUAUCGUAAACUAGAUAUGCACACGCAUAAUUUUGGUUAGAAGGAACCUUUUCUUCUGGUCGAUUGAAUCGAAGAGCUGCUUUUUCCAGUCUCGAAAGAGCCUAGCCUUAGCCGUGUGUUACAAUUUGUACAUAGGUUUAAGAUAAUUUGCCAUAGUUAUUAAGUUCAUAAUGCUGCACGAUCUAGACGAUUUGUAACCCCUUCACCUUUGUACAUAGGUCGUAAAGCCCUAUGAUAAAUCCGUGCAAUGGCCCUUUGCUGACUGAUACUGUAUUGACCUACGGGUGAUUUUUGAUGGGAUACACGGAAUUUAAUGUCGUUCCGUUUAGUUUCAAGUUGUGUUUAAGCAAGGGAGCUUUUGUUUCUAAGAGGCUUGUUUGUUGUCCUUUAUUCUAUGACUGAUGCCUCAUUGUUUGCAUUGAAAAUUUGAGUUAGGUAAACAAAAGAACUACUCCCUCGUUUGAACAAAUCGUUGGUAUAAUGGACUACACGCGUUAUUGUUCCUUUGUCAAACUAAUAUAACCGGUUUUUGCUUGAUUAUUUCUCCAUGUAAACUAAAAUUUUGAGUGGACCAGUAACUUCUCUGAACUGAACCUAUAUGAAUUUAUAUCCCCAAAAUGUCUAUUAUAUUUUGUAUAUUGAAUGGUUGUUUUAAAUAAGAUAUGAGGCUAAUGUAUUAAGCAGCGAUUUCAUUUAGAAAAAAACAGGUCUUCAGAUGUUUGUUAAGCUUGCUUACCAUCGCACUUUUCCUGCUUUUGCACUGCUGUGUGUAAAGGGGACUGGUGGUUUGCGGUACUGCAAUUCUAAUUAGUGUCUCAGUUUCUUUCCUUCCUCCUCUGCCGUAGCGUGAUUAAGAUUCAUUGAUUUUUAAUUUUUGAUUCCUGAGGAUCUACUGCGCGCUAGCGACGUCUUUGUAAAAUGUCAGUGUGAAUUAUUACGUCGCAAAUAAUGCAACUGAAGUUUUGUCAGUAUCAGUGUGUAUACAGUACAGAAAAAUACAAAUAGCAUUAACAACUGUUUCACUGGGACAGUGAUAAAAACUUUCACAGUGUGGUCGUAAAAUAUUAUACUCUAUACCACGGUUCACAGUCUAGUCCUGACUUAUUCUAUUCGGUAGGGCAGCGGGCAGUUUUUCACAAUUUAAAAC